AAUAUUGAAUACGUAAACCAAAAUGUCUUGCCCUUAUUCAUCAACCUUUAAUGGAGCGGAGCACGAUGACAAGGCGGUGCCAUUGAAUACAGAGGUGGGAAAAAUCUAUGGUGAAUAUUUGAUGUUGGAUCAUAUCUUAAAUGCUCAAUGCAUGUUGUCCGAAAAAGAUAAUCGGCCAGUGCACGAUGAACAUUUGUUCAUUAUUACACAUCAAGCCUAUGAAUUGUGGUUCAAGCAAAUUAUUUUCGAACUGGACUCGAUUCGUGAAAUGUUGAACAACGAAGUAAUUGAAGAAACCCGAACAUUGGAAAUUUUGAAACGUCUCAAUCGAGUUGUGAUGAUUUUCAAGUUACUUGUCGACCAAGUACCGAUUUUGGAAACUAUGACCCCAUUAGAUUUUAUGGAUUUCCGUAACUAUUUGGCUCCCGCAUCCGGUUUCCAGAGUUUACAAUUUCGUCUAAUUGAAAAUAAAUUGGGCGUGAAAAGUGAACAUCGUGUUAAAUAUAAUCAAAAAUACUCGGAAGCUUUUGGUAAUAACAGUGAAUCAGUUAAUGCCAUUAUAAAAUCGGAAAUGGAACCAUCCCUAUUGGAGUUAAUCGAGAAAUGGUUGGAACGUACACCCGGUCUAGAGGAGAAUGGUUUUAAUUUUUGGCACAAAUUUCAAGUUAGUGUUGAUAAGUUUUUGGCCGAACAGGAAAAGAGUGCAAUGAGUGAGCCAGUGGAAAGUGCCCGUAAUUAUCGCCUGAUGGAUAUUGAAAAACGUCGUGAAGUUUAUCGCAGCAUUUUUGAUCCAGCUGUCCAUGAGGCUUUGGUAUCGCGUGGUGAUCGCCGUUUUAGUCACAAAGCUCUGCAGGGAGCCAUUAUGAUUACAUUCUAUAGAGAUGAACCGCGUUUCAGUCAACCUCAUCAAUUGUUGACAUUGCUUAUGGACAUCGAUUCCUUGAUUACCAAAUGGAGAUACAAUCACGUGAUUAUGGUCCAACGUAUGAUUGGUUCCCAGCAAUUGGGUACUGGCGGCUCUUCUGGUUAUCAAUACUUGCGGUCAACCCUAAGUGAUCGUUACAAAGUGUUCUUGGAUUUAUUCAAUUUAUCAACCUUCUUAAUACCACGUGAGGCCAUACCACCACUGGAUGCAUCCAUGAGAAAAGAAUUGAUCAACUGA